AAAGCCUAUCGCUACGUAUGGCCAAAGUUGUUGCAGAUGUUUCUAUGCCAAUCAUUGGUAUGGACCUUCUACAACACCACAACUUAAUUAUCGAUACGCGCAAACGGAGAACUAGGGACAUGUUAUACGAUCAGGUCACGCCCCGCCCAAAUAUAUGGAAAGCUAACAUAUCAGCCAUUCAGGAAUGCGCUGCUAAGACAGAUUGGUUUGUAGAUACUAGCUUAUCAGUUGAAGAAGCAUGGUCUGUAUUCAAAGGUAAGUUUAGUUUAGUUACGUCCUCGUUCAUACCAUACCUGAUACCGCGAAGACCGAAUAAUAGUCCACCAUGGAUAACCAAACCAGUUAAGAAACUUCUUAGAAGAAGGAAGAAGCACUGGAAUAUGUUCAUCUCUACGGGCUUAGAACAAUACCGAUCCAGUUAUUGUAAGACUAGGAAUGCCUGUAAAGCUUUAAUAAGUAAGACUAGACGAUCAUACGAAAAGCAAUUGGUUAGGGAUUCUAAAUAUAGUUCGAAACGGUUAUUCUCGUAUAUAAAAAGACGAACUCAGAGAAGUGAUGGAAUUCCAUCACUUUUGAUACAAGAAAAUCCGUUAAUCUUGGCAGAGAAUGAUACAGAAAAAGCUGAAGCUUUAUCGAAAUAUUUCAGUAAAGUGUUUUCUAUCACUAAUGAGGAACGACCAACGAUUCAUUAUGACCGUAACGGCUCGCUGAUGGAUCCUGUGGUCAUUGAGAAAGGUACUGUUUUAAGGCUACUUCAGCAUAUCAAACCUGAUAAGUCUAGUGGUCCUGAUAAUAUUCAUCCUAGGAUUAUGAAAGCCAUAUCAGACGUAAUUGCUGAACCAUUGGCGAUACUGUUUGACAUGUCUCUGAAGCAGUCCAAACUGCCCAGAGACUGGAAAGACGCUAUAAUAAGUCCGGUGUACAAGGCUGGGAGUAGGGACUUAGUUAGUAACUAUAGACCCGUUAGCUUAACGAGUGCAGUUGUAAAACUGAUGGAAAAAAUCAUUCGGAUAUCUGUUAUAAACUAUGUUGAAAGGCAUAAUCUUUUCUCCAGAGAACAACAUGGUUUUCGGAGAGGCCUAUCGUGCUUGACAAAUCUUCUCAUCGCAAGAGAAGAUUGGGCUGCUGCAAAAGAUCAGAGUAUUCCUGUAGAUGUGAUCUUCAUAGACCUUAGUAAGGCUUUCGAUAAGGUCUCUCACUCUGGUCUUAGACUAAAACUGGAACUCUUCGGAAUCCAUUAUACAGUCGUAGAUUGGAUAAGUAACUUUCUCCAUGACAGGAGACAAAGGGUAAGGGUAAAUGGGACUCUUUCCUCGUGGGUGCCUGUGAAAAGUGGAGUUCCCCAAGGUACCAUCCUCGGUCCUCUUCUCUUUUUACUUUAUGUAAAUGAAUUACCAACUGUAGCAAAAUCAUCCAUUCUACUAUUCGCUGAUGACAUAAAAAUUUGGAGACCCAUACACAGUAUGUCAGAUAGAAUAGUAUUACAGAAUGAUCUUAGCUCAUUGGUGGCAUGGUUAGAUAGGUGGUCACUUGAAGUUAAUCCAAAUAAGAGCGUGGUGAUGCAAUUAAAUGACAAUGAUGAAUCGUAUCACUAUAAAAUACGUGGAUUCGUACUACCCAAAGUAAGAAACUACAAAGAUUUGGGAGUCAUAUUAAGUAGUGAUCUCAAAACCACUAGUCACUGUAAGGCUGCUGCUGCAAAAGGCUAUAGAAUAUUAUGGUCUAUUCGUAGGUCUUUUCAGUAUUUAGAUGACGAAAUGUUUAGACUACUAUACCCGAUUUAUGUGAGACCACAUUUAGAAUAUGGAAUUCAAGCAGCAAGUCCUUGUUUCAAGUACGAAGCAGAUAUGCUAGAGCGAGUCCAACGACGAGGUACUAAGAUGGUACAAGGUCUAUCUGGACUAUCUUAUGAAGACAGAUUGAGACACCUCAACCUAUUUCCUUUAUCUUACCGUCGAAUUCGGGGUGAUCUAAUAUUGGCUUAUCGUAUACUGAACGAUGACCUUGGUAUUAACAUGUCUUAUCUUUUACUUCCGUCUAGGACUGAUCGUUUGAGAGGACACUCAAAAAAAAUUCAAAAACCGAGAUCAAAUCGUUUACGUCUGGAGUUUCGUUUCUCUCAUCGAGUAGUGAAUUAUUGGAAUUCUCUACCGGAACACGUAAUAUCAGCACCUUCUGUUGAUAUAUUCAAGACGAGAUUGGACCUCCACAGUAUUACAAACUGCAAGGAUUAAUACAGGUCGAUAGACCUCCUAUCCUUAUUACUGAAGACUGAAGACUGAAACACUUAUUUAUCUGUUUGCCUGACUUCUUUUUCUGGUUGCAGGUUAUCUCCAGUCACUAUUAAGCACACUAUAGACCCCUUCUACCAACCACUACUCGAUAAAUAUUCUGGCAUUUACCAAUCGCAACCGAAAUUGCCGUGUGUAACCAGCAACGUUACACAUCACAUCACGACUAUAGGACCACCUGUCUUUUCGAAAGCACGCCGACUGUCCCCCGAAAAGUUAAGGUUGGCAAAAAACGAAUUCGACUAUAUGAUAAACUUAGGAAUCAUACGACCGUCAAAUAGCCCAUGGGCAUCUCCGUUGCACAUGGUCCCUAAAAAGGACAGCAACGAUUGGCGUCCAACUGGUGACUAUCGGAGAUUGAAUGCAAAAACCGUUCCCGAUCGUUACCCGUUGCCUCGAAAUCACGAUUUGACAGCUACCUUGAAAGGUGCAACUGUCUUUUCAAAAAUUGACUUGGUAAAAGCUUAUAACCAAAUUCCUAUGGCCACUGAAGACAUUCCAAAAACUGCUAUUAUAACGCCCUUCGGACUCUAUGAAUUUUUGCGAAUGCCUUUCGGUCUGAGAAACGCGGCACAGACUUUCCAAAGGUUCUUAGAUGACGUUUUUCGAGGUCUCAACUUCGUACAUGCGUACGUUGAUGACUGUCUAAUAGCAAGUCCGGACAAGGAAUCGCAUCUCCAUCAUCUGGACCUUGUUUUCGACCGACUACAAAAACAUGGCAUUACCGUAAACAUUCAGAAAUGCCAAAUCGGAACCGAAUCCUUAGACUUCUUAGGACACACUAUAGAUGCGCAUGGCAUUCGACCCCUUAGAACGAAAGUGGCGGCCAUUCUGGAUUACCCAGAACCGACCACCAUCAAGCAAUUGCGCACGUUUAACGGUCUGGUAAGUUUUUAUAGACGAUUCAUACCGAAAUGCGCGUUACUUAUGAAACCCCUUACCGACCAACUUCGUGGAAAUGCGAAAUCCAUUAAUCUAGAUGACACUACCCGAAAAGCAUUCUCCACGGUUAAGGAACAUAUCGCCCGAGCAGCAAUGCUUGCUCAUCAGGACCCUAAAGCGCCCAUUAGCAUCUCAGUAGACGCAUCCGACUCAGCAAUCGGAGCAGUCUUACAACAAUGUGUUAACUACUCCUGGCAACCUUUGGCAUUUUUCUCUAGACGGUUGCUAGACACUGAAUCGAGGUACAGCACAUUCGGUAGGGAACUCCUAGCUAUGUAUUGUGCUGUUCGGCAUUUUCAACACUAUAUCGAAGGCCGUGAAUUUACCAUUUUUACCGACCAUAAACCACUUACUUUCUCCUUAAGCUCUUCUUCGGACAAGUACUCACCACGUGAGUCUCGACAACUGGACUACAUUUCGCAGUUUACGUCAGAUAUUCGACACAUUUCUGGAGCAAACAAUGUAGUUGCAGACGCCUUGUCUCGUAUAAAUUCCUUGAACAGUUCCCAAGGAAUCGACCUUUUAAAACUCGCCCAACUUCAAAAAGAAGACAGUGAUCUUCAGCACGAGUUGGCCUCAACAACACUUAAACUGCGCAUUAAACAGAUGGGAACAGGUAAGGAAAACUUACUUUGUGACACAUCUACAGGUGGGGAUCGCCCAAUCGUGCCGAAACAAUAUCGACGCAACGUCUUCGAUACGUUGCACAGACUUUCUCAUCCAGGUGUUCGUGCAACCAUCAAGCUUAUAGCAGAACGGUUUUGCUGGCCUGGUAUGAAUAAAGACGUGAGGGAGUGGGCACGCUCCUGUGUAAGCUGCCAGAAAUCUAAGGUUAUUAGGCAUAACAAAUGUCCCUUAGGCUCGUUUAAAACUCCCGAUGCUCGCUUCGACCAUGUUCAUUUGGAUUUGGUAGGACCUUUACCAGAUUCAAAUGGAUAUUCUUAUCUUUUAACAUGCGUAGACCGUUUUACUCGAUGGCCAGAAGCAGUACCCAUCAAAGAUAUUACUGCUGAAACAGUGGCCCGCGCCUUCGUCGAGAGGUGGGUAGCAAACUUCGGCUGCCCAACAACCAUUACUACAGAUCGUGGACGUCAGUUUGAAUCUGAACUGUUCCGUUGUCUGACCAUGAAACUAGGAAUCACUCGCUUUCGAACGACGGCCUACCACCCACAAGCAAACGGGUUAGUAGAACGUUUUCACCGACAACUAAAAGCGUCACUAUCAGCCUCAAACAUUUCUCAGUGGACUGACGCUCUUCCACUCGUCUUACUAGGCAUACGCAAUGCAGUGAAAUCUGACAUUGGAUACACUGCAUCUCAACUCGUUUAUGGUACGACCCUUCGACUUCCAGGAGAGUUCGUAGACCCUUCAUCCUCUUCGAUGUACAUGGAUCUAACCUCCUACGCGAACAGGCUUACAAACGCAAUGCGUUCAGUUAAACCUGUUUCCACUCGACCACAAUCAACUGAUGUUUUCGUUCAACCUGACUUACUACAUAGUACACACGUUUUCGUGCGUCGAGACUCGCAUCGACGACCUCUCGAAUCAACAUAUGAAGGACCUUUCAAAGUUCUUCAACGCGAAUCUAAGUACUAUAUAAUAGAUAAGAACGGAACCAACGAAAGCAUCAGUAUCGAUCGCCUCAAAGCAGCGUAUUUAGAAGGAAAUCCUAUUCACGUCGAUUUUCCUUCAAUACAAUCGCACGACACAACUCCUGCACUUAUAAUACCUCAAUCGACAGCAGACACACACGUUGAUACUUCGACAGUAUCCGAAAAUAAACUCAAAACAACGCGUUCUGGAAGAAGAGUAAGAUUUCCAGAACACUUGAACGAUUACAGCACGUAAGACACAAGUUAACAUUUUAUAUCCUCACGAUUUUCCCUGGUACUAUAUAUAUUUUUUUAUAAAAAAAAGGCCGAAUUUUAUGUGCUUAUAUAUUUUUAUUAUUUUUUUAUUUCAAAAAAGAAAAAAUAAGAUAACGAUAUUAUAAAAAUCCUUUUUUACGCUAUUACGUGAGCAUGAGUUUGUUUUCCUUUUUUUCGCCUGUUUUGUGUUUUCACGCGCGUACGAGUGUAUUCCGACAUGCACUUACAUAUUUUUCUUUUCUUUUCCAGGACGACUGGAAAAGAUGAUGAAAAGAACUAUGAAGUUGCGAGAAACGAAAAUCUGCAUUGUACCUUUUUUUACUGUAUUGUACAUCAUGGUCCAUUAUAGUAAGGAAAGACGACCAAAGGCUGCUAAACCUAGCAAGCUAUCAGAAGAGUGUUUACCAACGAAAAACUCGUUGGGUUUAAACUUCUGGCUGGCCACGUCUUAGGGUCAUCACUACCCCACUAGGGGGGGAGUGAUCUGUAGCGGUAAAUAAUUCCCCAAAAUCAAAUAGCUCUGUAAGUUUUCGACAUCGGAUGCUGACCACAGUUUUAGUGGACUCAUCUAGCUGAAGGCGCUCGGUCAAGCAUCCGCACCAGAUCACGUGUGCUAACGCCGUGCUCAACAUCUGCCUCAAUCGCUAGCCAGAUUAGUGCAAACGAUCCUCGAUAUAUUGAUAGCUUAUCAAAUAUAUCUUCGAUCUCCUC